AGUUCACUGGGCGACGUAGCCGGGUGCGGUCGUCUACGGUGCUACGACAGAGCUACGGGAGUGCUACGUACGUCGGUCUAGCAAGAAAAUGUGACAAGUACAAUUUGUGGCGGACAGAUUCUUUCGAUUUAUUUUUUUCCUUGUGCGUGUGAAUUGUGGUAUAAUGUGGGCUUCUCUGCUGAUUUUCGCUCUGUUCAACACGGCUACCGGCAAUCCGGGAAAAAUGGAUCCGAAACGGGAUCACUGUAAUAAAACAGUUGAAAUUUACGAAGAUGUGUCGUCGCCGCCGGUCACCGCAGAAAACUUUGGACGACCUCUCACUUGUACAUAUAGGUUUCGGGCAUUCCGGGGGUCACCGAAAGACUGGAUUUUGAGAAUAAGAUUCAAAAAGUUCAAAGUAGGUACGCUUGUGAACGGGACUACUUGCCAUAAAGGUUAUAUGCAGAUAGUUGAUGGCAACGCAAAAACAGACGUAUCCAACAGGAAGGAGCCAGGUCUGUUCUGCGGCGAAAUCGAGCAACCGCAGACCUUCAUCUCGGAGACUAACUUUGUGAAGAUUGUAUUCCACGCUGAUAACUUUACUGAUCAGACCUACUUUAGUUUCGAUUCUCGAGCCGAACAACAAUUCGAAGUGUAUCUACGCUACGGACAACAUCCAGAGUUGUAUCCAAACAGAAGAGGAGAGGUUGUGGCUGGGUCUUACUGCGAGCGAGUGUUCAGAGACUGUCGACUGCAAACUUGCUACGUCCAGUCCGCAGCGUAUCCUGGCGUUUACCCGAGGAAUCUACAUUGCAGAUACCAUCUCAACACUCGUCUACCAUACAUAAAACUCUACAUUGAGAAUGAAGAGUUCAAUAUCGACGGGCAACGUUGCGAGAACAUCAUGACUUGUCCAAUGAGGCCGAUCACAUCAGGUUCGGAAAAUUGCCCUUACGAUUACAUUCGCAUUUACGAUGGUAAAGACGAGUCAGCAGCCGCGAUUGGUACAUUCUGCGGCAUGGGCAAGUUUCCUUACUCAAUCAUCGGAACUUCUCAAGAUCUGUUCGUGGAAUUCGUCAGCUCACCUGCAGGGCCUCUGCUAAAUACUGGUUUCCAUUUUAACGUCGGCAACUGGCCUGGACACGUCGAAGCCCCAGGAUCCAGAGUAGGAACUUGUGAUUGGCUGCUCACCGCUGAAUCUUUGAAAAAGUCUGGUGACACGGAAGGAAUUUUCCUGUCCGUUGCGCAUUGGUACCCUCCUCAUACCUCAUGUACCUACCUGAUGCAAGGGUUCCCUGGACAGGUUGUGAGGCUGUACUUUCCCAGCUUCCGCAUCAACCGAAUAGAGUCUCCAAUAGUACCCUGGACUGGUGACUGUGGAGAGUCGCUGACACUCUACGAUGCUCCCAGACCGGACGACGCCCGCAUCAUCAAGACUUUUUGCGACACCUUCAGUAGGCCUAUGGAGAAACAUGACUUCGUUUCCACCGGGAACGCGAUGUUUGUCAGAUUUGAAAGCAAAACUGGCAGCUACAGCGGCUCUUCUUUAUACUACUGGGCUCACUACGACUUCUUUAAUAAUACACGAUUCGGAGAACCUGUCCCCGGUACGGCUUGUGAUGAAGUCAUAGCUUCGUGGAAACAGAGAGCUGGCCGAUUACGAUCUCCUUUAAACACUCUGGUCUACAAGCAGGCUCCGCCCGGCGAAGACGUCCAUUGCUUGUACAGAUUUGUGACAGACAAAAGGAUCUUCGCAAGAGUCAUAUUAACAAUAUUAAGCGUCAAUUUUAAGGAGCAUCCUUACACGCCAGUUUCCUGUCAAAACUGCUAUGAAGAUAGGGCUGAUAAGCUUAUAAUUUGGGAACCAGGGCUAAAAGGAAAAUCGGCUAAUAGUUCCAUAGGAAUCAGCACUACUCCUCUUCCGUUACAUCUUGCUGUCCAACGCUCACUCGGCUCUUGUCUUUGCGCGAAACACGCAAAUACCGUCUCAAGAGCGAGGCCUUAUAGAGUAGUCUCUUCAGGAGAAUCUCUCAACUUGCAGUUGAUUGUCGAUAAUGCCCAUGCAGCUGCUUCUUACUUCAAAAAUCCCUCACCUCUCUUUGAAGCUAGAUACGAAUUCGUUCAUGGACCUCUUUGUGGUCCUGCGGUUCUGAUUGCAGCGUCUGAUGGAGAAAUAGUUUAUCCUCAUUUAGAAGCACUCGGUUACACUGAACCACCAAAACGUAUUCAAUGUAUUUGGGAUUUAGAGGUUGAGGAAAAAAGAGAUAUUUGGUUACAUUUCGACAGUAUCAAAUUUUCUUCGAGACAUUGCGAGGAUGGUAACAUUCAAAUAUAUCUACCUGGAAGAAUAGAACCAUAUCUAUCGGUCUGCGGCGGUAAUGUUUCGGAGACCGAAAAAUUACCUAUUCUGUCUGCUGGAGAACUUGGGUUUGAGUCUUUAGAUGAUCCAUUAGUGAUGGAAAAAGAGAAAACGAGGUCUAUCCGGAUUGUUUUUAUCGGGAGUGCCUCUCCAGCACGAGCUUCGUUCAAAAUUGCUUGGACGGGUCUGUAUCAUUUACCUAAAAACUCAGAUGGAUCACUAAUGACAUCUCGAUUAACCGGUGAAGGAAUGAAGCCUACGGAUUCAGGUCAAGGGUGCGAUUUUAUUUGCCCUGGAGACGAGGCCUUAUGUAUUCCAGCAAGACUGAUUUGCAAUGGCGUUGUUAAUUGUCCGAACAUUACAACGUCUGAAAAGAAAUUCUGGACCGCCGAAGAAAAACGAGCUAAAGAAGCGUACUCUGAGGACAGUUUGAGAAGAUUGGGCUACCUUGAUGCUCUAGCUGGACUUCCUUUAGGAAAAAUGAACGACGAAUCUCCAGAGUUGUGUGCCAGGGCGAGAAGUACAGGAAGUGGAGAGUGGACUGCUCCUGCUCUAGGUGCAGGACUGGCCAGUGUUUUGGCUAUAUGUGCGCUAGGAGCAACCUGGCGUCUUUGCUGCCGAAAGCGGUCUCCUGACGAAGAAUCUUUGGAUUACUGACAUGCGGCCCGCGGCGCACCCAACGCGCCGCCGUCGCUCCAUUCGCGUUCCACAUCCAGGGACUUACCAAUGGACUGGAGCCUCCAUUGACAGCCGCUGUACUGAGUGCCUGUGCCCUCCGUUGUUGACAACUGAACGCUCAAAAAAAAAAUGUUGAAAACGAACACGUGCAUUAUAAUUGUUUAGAUUUUGCACCACACUAGAGUUAAUUAUCCCAUUGCAGGAAAUUCCGCUGUUGCAUCCAUCUACCCGAUUAUGUUGAGGGCAACAAGUUGUGAUAAAGGCGCUCAAUAAUGUUUGUAAUUACGUGUAUAUACCCACCCUAUUUAACCAAGCCCUACGAUAUAGUGUGCUUCAAACGGAUCAUAGGUUAGAGCGAGGUGAUAAUAUUCAAACGUUAAGCAGUUAUAUUAUCAAUUAGAUUAAUUUAUAAUAGUAUUAGUGAUUUUUGUAAUCCAGUACUCAAGUUCAUGCGUUUAUAUUAUUUUCAUGCGAAGAUUUAUUUAAUUUGUUUGUAUUGUAGCACUAGCUUUAAGCGGGAGAAGGUAAAUUUUAUUUAUUUCAUUAUGUCGUUCAUUGUGUUAUAAGUGUAUACAUAAUUGUUAACGGUUUUAUUGACGUCAUCAAUAAAACUUCUGUAAUGAAUUCGUUGUGGGGAUGAAGCUUACAACGUCAAAUACUGUAUAUUGAGAUGCUCCUAAAAAAGAGCUCAACUUAGCCCGCUCAAAACAUGCCCACUGACCUACUGGAAAUCGUUAAGUAUUACCAUCAGGUUUGGUUACCAAUGCUAUGAACAGUUAUACCAAUAAGACUUCAAUCAUGCGUCUUUUGACACCAGCUGAUAAUUGAAGUAUUUAGACUCCACCACUCCUUUUUUCAUGGGCAGGGGCCAAACUUCCUACGAGGUCCCCGCGCUUAGGGGGCGUGCGUGGUAUUUGGGACUUGGCGAUCUGCAGAUGUUCGGCGCAGGCCGCGGGCCAAAGGAUAUUAAGCUCCACUACUCCAUUACUAUACUAUUCUUGAGAAUACUAUUAUAACUAACUGGUGGCUUAGGAUAGUAAUUAAUAUUGAUGUCCAUAGGCGCCAGUAGUCACUUUACAUCAGCUGGGCAGUGAGUUCAUUCGCUCAGUUGUGUGUGUAUUGUUGUAUGCCCAUUAUAUGUAUAUCUACGAGAUUAUUAACAAAUCUAAUCAAAAACGAAUCACUAUGACGAAAAAUCCUACUAUGUAUUUAAUUCAAAAAAUUUUUUUUAAUUUAUUUCACAGGAUUAUGUCACUGCAAACGCAUUUACUCAUAAGUCCAUUGACACUUCGACUGAACAUUGUCAUUUUUUAAUGUAAAUAUCUCUCAAUAAUAGGAAAUAAGUAUCUUAUGUACUAGUGUUUAAGGCGAAAUUUCAAAUGUUGCGGAUAUUUGUUGUUUUUUAUCAAAACAACACAUCUGGAGUUUUAAUCGUCAUGAUAAAAAUAGGUAUCAUGAACAUAGCUAUUAACUAUUGAGGUUAUUAUUUGUUGAAGCACAAUUUAUUUGCUGCCACCGAAUUCAAAACCUAAAAACUAAAUCGAGUGAUCUAAAAUGACACGUUCUAAUACACAUUGUUUUAUUCUCUGAUAAUAAAACUAAAAUUCAUUGGAACGCAAAUAGUGUGCAUCAAUAGAUAGAUGCAUUAAUAGAUAGAUUUUACUGGUGGUAGGACCUCAUGUGAGUCCGCACGGGUAGGUACCACCACACCGCCUAACUCUGCCGUGAAGCAGUAAUUAAUGCGUUUCGGUUUGAAGGGCGGGGCAGCCGUUGUAACUAUACUGAGACCUUAGAACUUAUAUCUCAAGGUGGGAGGCGCAUUUAUUUUGUAAAUGUCUAUGGGCUCCAGUAACCACUUAACACCAAGUGGGCUGUGAGCUCGUCCGCCCAUCUAAGCAAUAAAAAUAAAUUAAUAAUCAUUAUCAUGUUGGCUAUUGCCGCGAGAAAUAAAAUCUUCUACUUUUGAGGGUAGGAAAACUUUUAACAUAUUUUGAUACUUGGACUUCGACUCCAAAACAGAUGGUACCAUUUACGCUAUGACGUCUGGUGGUUCCAUCACUUACCAACAGUUUCUCAAUUAAUCUAUCUGUCGAACCACGACAAUGACAUUUUUUUUUUAUAUAUAUUUAGUUGGGUAAAAUUCGUUAGUAUAAUUCUUUACCACAAUAAGUCUAGUAUCCUCUGCAUAAUAUGUUGGCUUGAGAAUUAAUCAUGACGUGUUAAAGAAAUAAAUAUAUAUUUUUCGCAUA